UGGUUGAAAAACUUCCUCCUCUCUCAUAAGCGUGACUGAGCGUGACACUUGUCCGCUGCCGACCGGAGUGCACCAACUGAGCCACAUUAUCCUUGAAAAUGUUGCUUUUAUCAAACAGAGUAAAGUUUUGUUCGCUGGCGUUUACCGCCGCGCGCCUGUACAGCAGCGGCCCCGCGACUGCCAACAAAAACCCGACGGUUUAUUUUGACAUUUCUGCAAACAACGAGCCUCUCGGCAGGGUUACCUUUGAGCUCAACGCUGAAGUCGUGCCAAAGACCGCAGAGAACUUCAGAGCGCUGUGCACGGGCGAACAGGGCUUUGGUUACAAGGGAUCCACUUUCCACAGAGUGAUCCCUGAUUUCAUGUGCCAGGGUGGAGAUUUCACAAACCACAAUGGAACCGGAGGGAAGUCGAUCUACGGAUUGAAAUUUCCUGAUGAGAACUUCAAGCUGAAGCACACUGGACCUGGUAUCUUGUCUAUGGCCAACGCUGGACCCAACACCAACGGAUCCCAGUUCUUCAUCUGCACCACCAAAACAGAAUGGCUGGAUGGCAGGCAUGUUGUCUUUGGCAUUGUGAAGGAGGGGAUGGACGUGGUCAAGAAAAUGGAGGCUCUGGGUUCACGGUCUGGGCGACCCUCCAAGAGGAUCACUAUCACAGACUGUGGAGAGCUGGAUUAGACUGCGAGCUGUGGACACGCUCGCAGUCUCAUCUCCUGCUGUAAUUCCAGUGCGUGGGUCCGAGUGAAAGAGGCUCUUUCUUCAGCCGUGGCACAGAGCGCUGCGUCUGUGCUGCCAGUACAUCACCUCAGAGUCUCACUCACUUUUCUGUUGGUGCUUAGGUUUUCUUCAGUUAGCAACUAACGCACUUAACUGUCACGGUAUAAAAUGUGAAUUUAUGUCAUAAAAUGUAACAUUACGGGUUCUUUAGUAUUUCAAGUGAGGUAUUAAUACAACUGGUUUGGGGAAAAAAAGACAUUCAUAAGCAAAAAAUAAACUUUUUUUCUAAAUAA